AUGGCAAACAGUGACCCUGCAACUUCGUGGAAAACAACUGUUAUAAUUAGCACCACACUUAAGAAUCACGAGAUUUCCGCGAUGCUUUCUGCACAACGACAUCGAAUACGCUUCUCAGAUGAAGUGGAACCCGAGGCGUUAAUUUUCUGCCCAUCAGGUACAGCCUUCAUGGUGAUCACACCACAGGAGUUUCCCGAGACGCUUGAGAAUGUCAAGCUCUUCGAGAAGAUCGAGAAGUUUGUGAAGGUUCAUCAAAAUUGUUUCAUACUACUGCCGGCCCAGGUGUAUGGACAGAAGGAAUGGGACAUAGUAGCUGUUAUCCAGAACAGGUUCUUUGGUAGUAACCUGGGAAUUCUACCUGUACAUAAAAAUGCAGAUAUGGUGAAGGGAAUGCUGACCAUAGCUAAGGUCACUAGUAAGCCAUAUGCGGACAGUGUGCGGGAUCGGAUUUCACUGGUUCGUGCCCACUUAAUUAAACACAGCCCUGCAUGGGACAUGCUCAAAGGCCUCCAGUCCAGCUGA